CACCAUGUCAUUGCAAAGGCUCUAUGUAAAUUUCUAUACAAAAUUAUGGCAUUAUGAAGAGAUAAAAUGCUGUUUCUGAACAUUGUGGCAUCUCUCUUUAACCAUAGAAAAUAUGUUCACCCUCAUUGCAUGGCGGGAUGGAGGAAAACACUUUCAGAAACAGGUAGAGAAAGCGAUCUAUAUCAUUGUCAACUCUGCAAACAGCGACUUUAUAUCAAGCAGAAACGGCUACUUAUGGCUUUAUUACAAUUUAGACGUAAGCAGCUAGACUCUCUUCAACAGCAACAACGAGCUAUACAAUUAACUUUAAUUUAUUAGUCAUACGUGUGAUGGUUGCAGUGUUUAUUCUGGCUUUAUUAUUGAUUCCAGCAGGUAUAUGUAAAUCGACGAGAAAAGUUUAUACGACAAUCUUAACAUUAAUUUACUUUAGGAAACUUGAUGAAAGCUUUCAUCCACUUUUCAGUUCUAUUAACAAAUUAUCCUGGAGGGUUAGCCAGAGCCUGGACAAAUAACUCCUUUAUGAAAUUGCUUUUCACAACCAGCCAAACCUCGCUACUUUCCUCCUUUUCAUCCUCUGCCACUAUUGUCAACAGCAGCACAAACAGCACUUUCCAAUUAUUAUACGCUCCGUUUCCUGUUUGCUUCUCUCCAAGCAACAGUGGAACGCACGCGCUAUUGUCAAACGAGCUAUUAUACUACUUCCUGUUCCCUUUUUCAGAUGAAAGAUUAUGGCAGCUCGUUUUAUGUAAACUGGAACAUUUUCACUUAGGCUUCUUCUUACUCGGAAGUCUCAAUAACAUUUACUUCACGUAUAAAAUCUUGAAUGAUAUGUUUGAUAUUGUUCUACUUGGGCAAGAUCAACAGCAACAACAACUGGAUGACAAUCCAAUCAACAACGACAAUAUCGAACCGGACAAUAUAACAAAAAGAAUGUGUAAAAUAUUGAAAGGCUUUUUGUUGGUUUAUUGCUGUUCCUUGGUCAUACUAUUUUGGAUCCACUUUAAUAUAUUUGCUUUCCAUAUCGACUCCUCUCAAUCUGCAUACACAUCAAGACAGUUUGUUGCAGAAUUACCAUUGUGGAUUUUGCGAUGGGUGACGUUGGGUAUUGCGGUGGUGGAUUUUACUGCACGAGGUAUUUAUUCUUGGUUAUCUCGGUACACGAUGCGCGUUGAUGAAGAAGAUGUCAUGUCUUUACCUGAGAAUGAAAAACCGUAUCUUUUCUUUUGAAUCUCUCAUCUCCAGUUUAUACCGAUCCUUUGCCGUAAUGGAAGCAUACAACAUUGAAGUCAUGAAAAAAUUCAGCCUUAUUUAUUCUUUAAUUGUUCAUCGUAUACCUCGCAAAUAUAAUUGUUGUACAAAAUUUUGACCCUUUUGCUAAUCUAAUAUUUUUUGCUUUCCUAUCUUAAUAUU